UUUUUUUGCCUUUUCCUCCAUCCAGAAAAGGCAACUGCCUAUUUUGGCUCCCUAUCCGUCGUCCUUCUGCCCCUCUGUCGUCCAACGAGAGCAACCGAAUCCAGGUACCGGAAGCCUCUGCUCAUGAGCGCAUGCCCUUGACCCCUGUCGCGGCCUGCGUUUGUCCCCUGGCUGCGGCCCGGCCCCUGGCCACCCCCCAGCGCCGUCGGUUGCUUUAGCUGCUGCUGCUCCUGGCUCGCUCUCCUGGCUUGCUCUGGAUCCAUCUCCCAUGGUCCUCCAAGCACCAGCACCGGCACCAGCCAGCGUCAGGCUCGGAGCGUCGUCUGGGGCUGCGGUGUUGGCGCUCUGCCGAUACCGUCGGCCCAACACCCGCCCCCAAGCGGCUGCUUCUUGAGCCUGCCGGUGUCGGCGACCUCCUGGGCGAACCCGUCUCUUGCGGCGACGGUAGCGGAUCUGUCACCAGCUUUGGCCACUGACCCUUCCUAACCGUCUCUGCCGCCAUGUCGCAUCCGCACCCCUCCGGCCCUUGUGGACUUGCUGUUCCAGCCAUGUCGCCUGACUCCAAGAAAGCCAUCAAGUCGCUCUCCUCCCAGGCAUCGGAUCGCUCCGACUCGGUUUCGUCCGUGCGGGGCCUGAAGCGGGACGCUGGCGAGGCCUCACUCGACGCCGCCGAGACCGGCCAUCUCAUCCUCGGCAAUGACGCGCAGGAGCUCUCUGGAGCCGAGUCGGAGGACGAUGAGGACACCAACAAACCCAAGCGCUCUGGCCGAAGAAAGAUCAAGAUCGAGUACAUCGACGACAAGUCCAGGCGACACAUCACCUUCAGCAAGCGCAAGGCCGGUAUCAUGAAAAAGGCCUACGAGCUCUCCACCCUGACCGGAACCCAGGUCCUCCUCCUGGUCGCCUCCGAGACCGGCCAUGUCUACACCUUCGCAACCCCCAAGCUCCAGCCGCUCAUCACCAAGGCCGAGGGCAAGAGCCUGAUCCAAGCCUGCCUCAACGCCCCUGACAUUGUCAAUCCUCCUGUGCCCCAGGUAUACCAGCCCGUACCGCCCGGUGUCAACGGUAGCCCAUACCCCGUCCCUCCCGCCGGCUACGUUCCUCAUUCGGGUCUGCCGGUCGGCAUGGAUUCCGUCGGCAGCUCCGUCAGUAGCUCCGGGAUGGUUGUCAGCAGCGACCAAGGCUCCUCUGUGCAGACCUCGGAUGUUUAUCGCGACGACAAGAAUCCCAACAACGCCCACCUUGCAUUGUACUUGCCCUACCAUUCCCAAGGCGCCUUCCCGCCCAUGCCGCCCUCGACUUCCUCCAACGGCGCCGUGGGCGUGCCGUACAUGUACCCUCCGUACCAACCGCUCGGUGACGGCUACGGUGGCAUGGUGGGUCUCCAACACAGCCAACAGCAGCACAUGGCUGGCCACCCUCACGCCGUGCAAGGUCCUCCUCUCUACUCGCCGGGCGACCGAUCUGUUUCUAAUCCUCUACCCUCGCCUACACAGCCGCCUGGCGCUCCUGUAGCAACGCACGCCAUUCCCCACGGCCAUGGGGAUAAGGGCAGCAUGGGCAUGGAGGACUCGAAGCCCUCUUCGUCCAAGGAGAAACAAUCCAAGUAAACCCUCGACCGUCUGUCGUCCUUUCAGACGCCCUCGCCUCCUUCUCGGCUCCGUCAUGGACUCGCGCCUUGGACAUGCAUUCGGCUGGUCCUGCUCGUCUCUCGAAUGGACAGAGCCUGCGGCCAGUUCCUGUGUCUUCUGCCCUUCAAUCUGCGUGCCCCCUCUUGCUCUUUUCGUUUCCCUCUCCCACAGUUCAUUUUCCUUUGCCAUCCAGCCCUUUCUGCAUACGUUGGGCUUCCCCUCCCCCGUUUCGUUCUUCGCCUCCGCUGCCUUGCCCUUUAUCUCGCUGCACAGAGUCGCGAGGCAAGGCUAGUAUCCUGCAUGGACCAUCGUUGAUCUAGUGUCCAGUUGCGGAUCUGUAAUAUAUCCCUCACGUCGA